AUGCCUCCACUACAGCUAUCCACACCAUACAACAAUUUAUCCACCAAAGAUAAAAAGAUAUUACGUCUACUUGCGUGUCAAGCCAUCGAAAGUCGCCUUACAUCCAAUCUAAACUGGUUCAUCAAAACUACCAUGAACACAUACUACCGUUUUUACAUCGAUGACUUCGUAUACACAUAUGAAGCUGUGCCUCGUGCACGCAGCAACGCAUUCUUUGUGCUGCGCUGUAUCGCAGAAUCAAACGAGUUCGAAGAUAUUUUCAAGCCUGUCAGCUUUUUUAGUGAGGAACACCUCACGAUAGCACAAAUGAUUUCUCUUGGUAGCUCAUUCGAAGUUAAAGGACACACGAUGCGUGACUUAUCGGUGGGAUUGAUGUACUACAUCGGUACAAAACUGAAUGGAGUGUUUAAUGAGAAGAUGUCCGAGCUUAUAAUGCUAUCAGGUUUGGAACAUCAUUUAUUUCCGCUGCUUACGCCGUUUGGAUUCGAUGAGGUGACCCGUGCUUUUCUUGUUGAGUUAAAAGAUCUUUUUUAUGGUAUUGCAAGAAACGAUGUGAACAGAGAUAUUCGUGAGAUAGUGAACUGCAAUUACCUGCAUCUGUGUCACAAAAGUACGUUUUAUAAAAUGGGAGGAGAUAAGAGGCGGAUGGUGGACGGGAUCAUCAAACUUUUUGAAAUGGAGUGGGAGUACGUUUGCGAUAAAACCUUGGACGAAAUGGCCAAUUAUGAAGAAAGUUUCGGUGGAAUGGGUUGGUAA